GGUUGUUUGAUAGGUAUUGAUAACUGAUAAGAAACGAAAGUUCAAAGUCAAACUUUCUAAACACAAGCUGGUUUAGCGCUCGAUCGUAGUUUGUUUUUCUGUUAAACUUAAUUACUUAAAUAAACUUGGCGAAAAUGGUGGCAGGCAUGGUUGCAGGAAGACUGGCGUUGGUAACUGGUGCUGGAUCAGGCAUAGGCAGAGCAACAUGUCAGAUCUUGUCCAGAGAAGGUGCUAUUGUCAUAGCCGCUGACAGGAAUUAUGACGCAGCCGUGGAAACUAUCAAGACCCACACAGCUUUAGCUUCAGGGAGUAAUGAGGCUGACCACAUGGCGGUUGAAUUAGAUGUAGCCAACCCAAAGUCAGUUCAAAAUAUACUGCAAACUGCAAUCAAACAGUACAAAGCUCCACCAACAAUUAUUGUGAACUCGGCCGGUAUUACCAGAGACAACUGGCUUCUGAAACUGUCGGAAGAAGAUUAUGAUAGUGUGCUUAACAUUAAUUUGAAGGGCACUUUUCUAGUCAUGCAAACAUUCUCAAGGGCGAUGACAGAAGCGGGACUGCCUGGCUCCAUCAUAAAUAUUUCUAGUAUCAUCGGCAAAUAUGGAAACAUGGGACAAACAAAUUACUCUGCAAGCAAAGCCGGAGUGAUUGCCAUGACACAAUCAGCUGCUAAGGAGUUAGGGAAAUACAAUAUUAGGGUAAAUGUGGUACUGCCUGGUUUUAUAGAUACUCCCAUGGUGAAAACCGUUCCUGAGAAAGUCCAACAAGCUAUAUUGAAACAGGUGCCGUUAGGCAGACUCGGCCGCCCUAGUGAAUUAGCAGAAGUGAUCGCUUUUCUGAGUUCUGAUAAGAGCUCUUUCAUGACUGGAGCGUCAGUCGACGUCACUGGCGGGUUCUAAAUUUGAAGAAUUUCGUUCGGUAACGAUUAAUUUAAAAAAAAUGGUUUAUGGGUUGGCGUAAUAAACAUUUAUUAGUUUGUAGAUACCUGAAGAACUUAAUUGCACAGAGGAUAAU